AUGGAAAAUUCAUCAUCACAGUUAUCAAUUAAAAACAUCUACACCAAGCCGAAGAUUACCGAUUUGGAGUUGAUUAAUAUUAUCGGGAUAAGAGUGGAAAAUAAAUCAAAAACUUCAGGCUUGAUUCAAUAUUUGAAUAAGAAUUUUCCAUUGGAGGCUCGUGAUAUAGAUUUUAUUAAAAGAAUUAAAACUAUUGGAAGUGAUACUUAUUGUGUUUUGUAUCCAUUGUUGAAUAUUGAUGAUGAUACUGAUGAAAAUACAAAUUUACAGAGGUGGAUUUCUAAUGUUUUUCAAAGCUCGGAUGAUGAAUUACUUACAAAAGAAAAUCAUGUUUUUAAAACAAUUUUAGAAUGUUCGGAUCAUCAACAAGCAGAAAAAAUUUUGAAACUUUUUAAAAUUCCAAAAUAUGGACCUAAAUUGAAAUAUCAGUGGAAGGAAUGGAAUACUCAAUAUUGGCCUCUUAAAACUGUUAAUUUAUAUGAAACUGAACUUCAAUUGGCAAAAUUAGAUCCAAAAGCAGAACUAAAUGUAAAUAGUCACGAUGAGAAAUCUGUAGAAACAUGUACAAAACUAGUAAUUGAUUCAUUUGAAAAGAGUAAGCGAGUUUCUGGGUUAUUUUUCAAUCCACAAACCAAGACAAUUGUUAAAUCUAGUAUUCAUGAUGAAUUAUUCCUAGACGAAUCUAAAAAUUCAUUUUUCUCUCCUUACUAUUCAGAAACAGAAGGUACUCUUUCAAAUUUGGGAAAAUUCAAAUGCUCACUGAGGCACUGUGCUGUUGUUGGUGUGGAUGUCAUUGCCCAAUACUGUAUAGAGACAAUUGAGAAGCUACCACCUAACACACCGAGUACAGAAAUUCCCUACCUCUGCAAAGGAUUGGAUUUAUUUAUUUCACAUGAACCUUGCUGUAUGUGUGCAAUGGCUCUCUUACACUCUAGAAUUAGAAGAAUAUACUUUGUACAUGAAUGUGGAAAUAAUUUUGGUGGACUAAUCAAUAAGGUAAAUCAAGAAUACUGCGUCCAUGAGAAUUCAAAGCUAAAUCAUCACUUUGAUGUUUAUCAAGUUUCUCUCAAUUAA